AUGACGAUAGUUUCAAGUUCAAGUCACACUACAGGGCAUGAACGUGAUAAUGAAGAUUGGCACACUGCAGUACAGGACCGAAUCCCAAUCCCGGAGAAGCCAGGAGCAGCAGCGGGACGGCGGAGACCAAGUGCAGGACAAGCAUUGCAAACCCAGGGAGAGAGGGACCGGAGCCCGGGGACUGAGAGUGACCGGAGCCCGGGGACGGAGAGGGACCGGAGCCCGGGGACAGAGAGUGACCGGAGCCCGGGGACGGAGAGUGACCGGAGCACGGGGACUGAGAGUGACCGGAGCCCGGGGACGGAGAGGGACCGGAGCCCGGGGACAGAGAGUGACCGGAGCCCGGGGACGGAGAGUGUCCGGAGCCCGGGGACGGAGAGGGACCGGAGCCCGGGGACAGAGAGGGACCGGAGCCCGGGGACGGAGAGGGACCGGAGCCCGGGGACUGAGAGAGACCGGAGCCCGGGGACAGAGAGUGACCGGAGCCAGGGGACGGAGAGUGACCGGAGCCCGGGGACGGAGAGGGACCGGAGCCCGGGGACAGAGAGUGACCGGAGCACGGGGACGGAGAGUGACCGGAGCCCGGGGACGGAGAGGGACCGGAGCCCGGGGACAGAGAGUGACCGGAGCACGGGGACGGAGAAGAGUGACCGGAGCCCGGGGACAGAGAGUGACCGGAUCCCGGGGACUGAGAGGGACCGGAUCCCGGGGACUGAGAGGGACCGGAGCCCGGGGACUGAGUGUGACCGGAUCCCGGGGACAGAGAGUGACCGGAGCCCGGGGACAGAGAGGGUCCGGAGCCCGGGGACUGAGAGGGACCGGAGCCCGGGGACUGAGUGUGACCGGAUCCCGGGGACAGAGAGUGACCGGAGCCCGGGGACAGAGAGUGUCCGGAGCCCGGGGACUGUGAGUGACCGGAGCCCGGGGACAGAGAGUGUCCGGAGCCCGGGGACUGUGAGUGACCGGAGCCCGGGGACAGAGAGUGUCCGGAGCCCGGGGACUGUGAGUGACCGGAGCCCGGGGACAGAGAGUGUCCGGAGCCCGGGGACUGUGAGUGACCGGAGCCCGGGGACAGAGAGUGUCCGGAGCCCGGGGACUGUGAGUGACCGGAGCCCGGGGACAGAGAGUGUCCGGAGCCCGGGGACUGUGAGUGACCGGAGCCCGGGGACAGAGAGUGUCCGGAGCCCGGGGACUGUGAGUGACCGGAGCCCGGGGACAGAGAGUGUCCGGAGCCCGGGGACAGAGAGGGUCCGGAGCCCGGGGACAGAGAGUGACCGGAGCCCGGGGACAGAGAGUGUCCGGAGCCCGGGGACUGAGAGUGACCGGAGCCCGGGGACAGAGAGGGUCCGGAGCCCGGGGACUGAGAGGGACCGGAGCCCGGGGACUGAGUGUGACCGGAUCCCGGGGACAGAGAGUGACCGGAGCCCGGGGACAGAGAGUGACCGGAGCCCGGGGAUGGAGCCGCUUUCCCGGGAAUGCCCCGGUCAGUGA